UCGUAAUAAGGCUCAUCCUUGGAGAACCGUGGAGUUGAUAUCACCAUCGGUGGAAACUAUGGUUAUGGAUAUACUGCAACAGAUGGAUAUCGUACAGCCUGUUUGAAAUGUCUGCGAGAGCUGAGCAAGGCCCGCAAUAUCAUGCCCUCUUCCUUUUUCUCUCGAAAUGCGACCAGAGAAGGAACAAAUCCCGUCUGCGGCGGCGGAUUUGCAGACAUAUGGAAGGGGCGUCUUCAUGAUACUCAAGUCUGCUUGAAGGUUCUUCGGAUUUUCGUCCCCGAACAAGCUCGGACAAAGAUUCUCCGAGACUUUUGCAAGGAAGCUCUCGUAUGGAGGCAACUCCGCCAUCCUAAUAUCCUUCCCUUCUUGGGAGUCAACGAAGACCUUUUCACUCCCAGUUAUUGCCUGAUAUCUCCGUGGAUGGUCAAUGGAAAUAUCAUGUCUUACCUUGAAGCCCAUCCUGACCACAAUCGCCUUACAACGCUGAUUCAGGUUGCCGAAGGGAUGAAGUAUUUGCACAAUCUCGAUCCUCCAGUGGUACAUUCAGACAUCCGUGGGGCAAAUAUUCUUGUAAUGGAUGAUCUAUGUUGCUGUCUUGCUGAUUUUGGUCUUUCCCUGUUCGCGGAAUCACAGGCUUUCGACAGCUCUUCUAGGAUGAGCAGAGGAAGCAUCCGCUGGCUAGCUCUCGAGUAUAUUAAUUCGACACUACUUGACCAAUCAUAUCUCACCGCUAGGGAUAUUUACGCCUACGGAUGUACUGUUCUCGAGAUAUUUACUGGCAAGCCGCCUUUUAGUAAUAUCAAGAAUGACGCUGGUGUUAUAUACGAGGUCCUGACGAAGCAAGGUCGUCCACCAAGGCCACCUUUAAAUCUUUUCCCAUACGACGAACUAUGGUUACUCGUUACGGCGUGUCUCGCAACUGUGUCAAGUCAGCGACCUAAUGCGGAACAGAUUUUAGAGAGUUUGCAUCUUACAAAAACAGCACAUGGUGGUUCUAUGCCGCUCUUGGUACAAUCACUGACUGCCUCCUGGCCAGGUCUUGGGAGGUCCCGAACGCACCCGUAUUCUCCAGCAAACACCAACAAUCUGGGGAGGCGGUACUUGCCCCAUUUACGGCUUUCAUCGUUGCUCACGUCGUCCAGCUCCAUGCCAGACCUCCCCACCCUCGACGAUGACCGCAUCCAGUUCCACAGCAUCUUCACCGGCUUCAACGACGAUACCCGUGAAUUCCGUCGUUCGUCGCUCUCGACGCUCCACUUAGAGAGUAGGCGGCACGCGCCCUAUCCACGGCCCUCAUACACGUCUAGUAACCCCGCCAGCUACACUUUCCCACCAACGAGUGAGGUGACUGCCACGACGUACGCCGCCAACAGUGACUAUUGGAACAACAACUUGCCUGGCAUUGUUCGUCCGUCAUACCCAACGCCCAUGUUGCGUAUAUCAGGCCAGCAACGCUCGUAUCCCUCUCAUUCCCUCCCACCAACCCCCCCACCAACCCUCCCGGCAUUGCCCCUUGCCGACUCAGCGUACCAGUCUGUGGGUCCAGAUGGCGCUCUACCCGUUGAGCGACCCCAACGAAAACGCGGCAAACUGCCAAAGGAGACGACAGAUUUCCUCAAAGCUUGGCUCCAUCGUCACUCGGAUCAUCCUUAUCCGACUAAAAAAGAGGAGAGGCUGCUGUGCGAUGCUACUGGCUUGUCAAUGAGCCAAGUAUCCAACUGGGUGAUCAAUGCCCGUCGUCGUAUACUGACGCCGGCGCGGCCUUCACCGAGACCGACCACCACAGCCCCUGUCCCGUCUUCCAUGGGUGCCCGUCGCGCUUCUCUUCCCGUAGCAGUUGAUUCCCUAUACCCGCAUCCUAUGCACUAGUAUCUAUAGCUUGAAUAUAUAAGUUUAUUAUCGGAAAUUGAAG